CGCCAACAGAAACUCACGAGAUCUACUUGUUUGAACGAGAUUUGCCUGAAAAUGGCUUCUCGUAGCCAUGUGGAUGUGAACGAAAGGCGACUAAGACCUAUUUAUGAUUGUCUUGAUAAUGGAAACAACAAAAAGGCAGUACAGGAAGCUGAUAAAGUGUUAAAGAAACAGAAAGAUCUACAAUGUGCUAAAAUUUUAAAAGCACUUGCUCUGUUGAGACUUGGCAGACAUGAUGACAGUUCUAACUUACUGGAUGAAGUCCACGCCCAGCAUCCUGUUGAUGAGGCUACACUACAGGCCAUGUGUAUCUGUUACAGAGAAACAUAUAAAUUGGAGGCGAUAGUUGAUAUGUAUGAAAAUGCCCACAAACUAAAGCCAGAGAAUGAAGAGAUUCUGUCAGCCUUGUUCAUGGCAUAUGUUAGAAUGGGUAACUACAAGAAACAACAACAGACAGCCAUGUCCUUACACAGACUUCAGCCUCAGAAGAAUCCUUACUAUUUCUGGGCCAUUAUGAGUAUUGUCAUGCAGAGUCAUACAGAUAAGAGGCUUGGUGCCAUAAUGUUUUUACCCUUGGCAGAUAGGAUGACAAAGAAAUAUGUAGAAGAGGGGAAAAUUAAUGCAGAAGCAGAAGUACAGCUUUAUUUGAUUAUACUGGAGUUAAUGGAGAAGUAUGAAGAGACAUUAAAUCUGUUAAAAGGUCCUCUGGGAGAAAAGCUAACAAGUGAAUUACUUUACCAAGAAACAAGAGAAGCAGAAUUAUAUACAAAGUUAGAACGAUGGCCUGAAGCUAAUGCAGCCUAUAAAAAACUGAUCAAAGAAUAUCCUGACCAUUGGAUAAAUUGGCAGAAUUAUAUUUCAUCAUGUAUAAAAUUAGAAUCUACUGAUUGGACACCAUUGGAAAAUGAUGACAGCUAUUCAGAAGUUCACUACACAUCAGAAAUGGCUUUGACUUUCAUACAGGAGAUAUUAACGUGGCAGGCUGACAACAGAUUAUUACGAGGACCAUAUUUAGCCAGAUUAGAAUUAAUCAAAGUGUUAAGACAGACUGGUAGUAGUAAACCUUUAUCAGUAUCUCCCUUGCCAUUGAUGAUAGAAUAUUAUGAAUUAUUUGGAGAUAAGUUUUGUUGUGUAGAAGAUCUGACAAUUUACACAGAUUUACUCAGUGAGCAAGAAGGACAACAGCUGAUUGACACCUUGUCAGAAACUUUAGAUAUGUGUAAAACUAGUGAUAUCACUUUCGCAUCAAAUGUUAAACAGAUGCAGAGACAUGUGACAAUAUGUAAACUGAAGAGAAAUCUAGGGAUCUUUCAUCGACAACCUAUAGAACAUAGAUUAGUAUUAACCAAAGAAUUUCUAUCUAGACACCAACAUGGUUUAGAUUUUGGUAAAGAUUUAUUAACCACAGACGUACAGUUUAGUGAUAGUUAUUUAUUGUUAGCUGUUCAUUUACUGGUUGAUAUAUGGGAAGAAACAGAGGAUACAAAGUAUUUAUGGCAGGGUAUUGUGCAAUUAGAGAAAGGAAUGAAGAAAAGUAUCUCAAACUUCCAAAUCAAAGUACUACUUAUGAGAUUAUACUGCAUCAUGGGUGUAUAUGGACCAUGUCACACGCUUUAUGAAAGUUUAGAGGUCAAACAUAUCAUGAAUGAUACAUUAGGUCAUACAAUAUUUAAUCACAUUGGUCGACUGGGACAUUUUAUGGCUGCUUGUGCCACGUAUGGAUCCAUGUUAAAAUUCUUUGCUGUUAAUCACAAAGAGACAGCUGAAUAUCUUAUAGCUUCUUACAAGUAUGGAUCUUUUAAUAAGAUAAAUGAGUUUGUGAAAUUCCGUAACAGAUUACAGAACUCUAUACAGUAUAUAAGUGCUCAAGUAGAAAGUAUGUUACUGGACAUGGGAAUGGAAACAUCAAAACAUCAGAAAACAGAAUUAAUGGUGUCAUACAUGGCACUAGCUCCUGACAAAGAAAGGACCCCCUAUGAAGAUCUGUGUGACAACAGGGAUUUAUCUUUGAUGAGAGCAUGGGCCUGUCCUGUCAAGUGUAAUAUCAAAGAAGCAGAAGAGUAUUCAUUCAAAGAAGAGAAAGCGUGGAUACAAGUUCGAGAUUUAAGUUUAAGAAUUCUUGGUGCAUGUGUAAUAUUAGGACAGCAGUCUGUUGGAAAUAUAAACAAUAGAAAUGGGGUCGACCAUGAAAAGGUCAGACCCAUGAAUGAAGUGUUAGAAGACCUUAUCAAACAAUUUAAGGAUCAUUUAACAAAUAUUCAGGAGUUUUCAAAACCAUACAAGUAUCCUACACAAGGACCUUAUCCAACAAAAUUAUCCAGUUACUUAAGUGAUAACCACAGUCAAAUCUUCACACAAAUGGUUGACACUGUUGUUUAUGUGUAUAAACUUCAGGAGGAAGGCUUCAAUAGCAAAGAUGAUGAACAAGAAGAGAAACUGAAAUCCUGUGUUCCUAACAUAUUAGAAGGCUUAUUAUCCAAACAUAGAUGUAGUUUAGUCCAGUCAGAAAACGAUAACAAAUGUGUAAAUCCCAAAGUUUUAGAAAACCUAGUAUUCUUAUCAGAGACAUUGUCACAUGUAGUGAUAUUAACUGGUGUUUGUCUUAGAAUAUUAAAACCAUUAAAGUCUUCAUUCAAUAAGAAAAGUAAGAAGAAGAAAGAUGCUUCACCAGUAGCUAUGCCAAGUAUAUUUGAGAAUUAUAAUCAACAUCUAACUGCUUUGGAGACAGUAGCAAAAGAUCUUCACCAAGCUGUCCUAGAUAUUGACCCUGUAUUUUUAUCCAUUGAUCUCUCAAACCUAAGUUUAACAGAACCACUAACUGUUGAUGAGGAAGAUGCUGCCAUAGAAAAAGAUAUGUGGAAGAAAGUAGAGAAAAGUUACCAGGUCUCAGCAUGGGAAGUCACUGAGUUUCUUCACAACAAAAUGCAGUAUUUAAAUGACCUCAAAUUGUGAUAUAUUUUAAUUUGUAUUCUGUGUAUACUUGUACGUAUUAUUUAUAUGGCUGUUGAAAGCAGUAGGUCUAUUUUUAAUGAAGAUAUGCAUGCUAAUGAACAAAUUGAUCAAUAUUUUAGAAAAGAACAGGCAAUGUGUCAGAGUUUGAUAAAUAAUAGGUAACAUAUAGCACAUAUGUAAAGCUUGCAUGUGAGUGAAUGAUAGUAUACACUAUCUUUACAUUCAUGUCCAUUCUGGAAAAGGUCAUUCUUUGCUGUACCUGUAUCAGGUCAAUUGUAAGGGUCUCUACACACACAAGGUUGAUUUGAGUAACAAUUGUGUUUUUGUAUUUAAAAUGCUUCAUAAUUUGACCUUGAAAGACCAUGAGUUAUUCGGAUGCUUUUGUCAUUUGUUUUUGUUUUUGAUCUACUUUUAAAGUUAAAUGUCAAGAUUCCUCUGUCUGCUUUUGUUGAACAAAUAACAAUUUGACACAUGGUGAACCGUUUGACACAUGGUGAACCAUUUGACACAUGGUGAACCAUUCAACACGUGGUGAACCAUUUGACACAUAUUGAACCAUUUGACACAUGGUGAACCAUUUGACACAUGAUGAACCAUUUGACACAUGGUGAACCAUUUCCUGAAUUGAUAUGAAAGAGGGUGUAUUUGUACAACAACAAUAAUUGCUGAAGUUGAAUACAGUUUUUAUUUGUAAAUGGGUGUUCAGGGUAUUGUAUAUUGUAAAAUUGAAUGUAGACAUAAUUUUGCUAAUGACUAUGUGAAGAACAUUUAUACAUAGUAAAAAACUAGCUUCUGGUAUCAAUAAAAGUAAUCUUUUUGUACAAAUCUUCCUUAAAGAAAUGUUUAUGUCAGUAUGGUAAUUGUGUGAUGAACAGACGUGAAAAGGCAUUGGCCUCCACUUGAGGAUGAUAGCUGCUCUUUUCAAUGCUCUUCAACUUUGUACUUGUUUGGCUUUAUAAAUAUUUUGAAAUGAGCGUCACUGUUACGUCUUAUGUAGACGAAACCUGAGUCUGUCGUACUUAAUUAUAAUCCUGGUACCUUUGAUACUACUUUUCAAACUAACAUUGAAGCUUUUUAAAAGACUGUUAAAAAUUGAUAGUACAUGUAUAUAAAUAACCGAAAAAAGAAGCAUAAAUAUAUGGAGGUUAUUAAUUUUGGAGAUAUGUCAUCGAAAAUUUGGCAGGAAAUGAUUUUCUCUAAGAUUUUCAUACAUUUUACAUAAGCACCUGUUUCCUUUUAAAAAGUAUGAAAAUAUAAUAUGUAAUUUAUAAAAUUAUCACAUAUGGCAUUUUAAACUAUGUUUUUAAAAAAAAAGUAUUGCAAUUUAUGAAUAAUACCUGAGGAUUCUGAAAUGUACCUAACAAAAAGAUGAAAACAAGAUCAGCAAAUAUUCUAAAGGGGAAAUGCAACUCACAUAUUCACCUUCUAGAAAUAUUUUGUAACCCAUUAACUUUUUUAUAGGCAAUUGUUACCUUAUUUACUGCAGUAUUCUCAAUACAUUUUUUAUACAAGCAAUUUAGAUACACCUUUUAACAAGAUCAUUUCAAAACAAGAGUCAAUUCAAAACUUUAAUGUAUGUUACACCUUUGGAAAGCAGAAAAAUGGAUUUUUGUAUUCGAAUGCUGCCAUAUUUAUAGUUCUUAAUAGUUGGUUAAAUUUAUAUGUAUGGUGAUGUUGGGAUGAUUUUUUAUCCAAUGGUGAUCAGAAAGAAAUUUGGAGUUAUGCCCCCUUGUUAAUGUAAACUAUGAGAAAAAUUGCUUUGUACUAUAUAACUAGCAAGCUUGCAGUUUUAAGGGAAUUUAUAAUUUAUCUGAAAGAUGAAUAAUGAAAGAUAUUUAAAGUCAAGGUUAAAAACCAAGGGUGAUUGCAUUUUAUAAUUAUAAAGAUAGUGUUAAGGAUAUUUUCCCACCCUCAUAGUUAUUCAUAGAUUUUUGUGUAAACAAAAUAUGCAAGGUUUAUAUAAGGGCUGUUCCAAAAAAUACUUAGUCCCUCCACCACCCACAGAAAUCAAAUUUAAGUUAACACAAUACUCUUUGCAUUUUGGUAUUUCAAAUACAACCCCCCACAGAAUUUAUUUUUAAGUUGCCUUCACGGUGGGGAGACAUAGUAUUUUCCAGAACAGCUGUUAACAGAUUUUCAUAAAUGAUUGCUUUUUUUAUAAAAACUAAAAGAUCUGUAUUAUAGAUUUUCAAUUUGUUGUAGCCACAAUCUUGUCAUCCUUUUUUCAAUUCAAUUGAUUCAUUAAAUACAACUUGUCAACAUUUCAUACAUGUCAUUUCCAACAGGAUGGGUUCCUGCCACGAGUAGAAGAGGAACUGCCUACCUAUUCUGAUGCACCUGAUUUAACCUGUUUUAUAUGGAGUUCAUGUUGCAUGAUACUGAGUUUUCGUGCCCCACUUGGGGGCAUUCUGUUUUCUUGGUCUAUUUGCCAUCUGUCCCGCUUCAGGUUAAGUUUUUAGUCGAGGUAGGUUUUCAUGAAGUUUGAGUCCAAUCAAGUUAAAACUUAGUACACUCCUUCUGAUAUUAACUUUCUAAUAUUUAUGCCAAAUUAGAGUUUUUACUCCAAUUUCAUGCUCGGCUGAACAUAGAAAUGACAGUGUGGAUUGGGCAUCCAUGUACUAUGUACACUGUUUUGUACCACUUUGUUCGUUUUUUAGCAAUUUUGUUGUAAGUACUCUUCUACAUCUGACCUAUGAAUUGUUAUUACAUCCUUGGUAAGGUUUACAAUUUUUUAUGAAGAAACUUAUUGUAGAAUGGCAGCAAAGUUGUUACCAUAGCUUAGUAAUCUGCCUUCAUACUGACUUUCUAAAAUGUGCUGUAGAUAAAAAAAAAAAAGGUUCCAACUCUCUCAUGCAAAGUUGACUUUUGAUGAAUUUUGCUGUUCUUUUUUCAUUCCUUUUGAGUGACAAGUUGAUAAUAUAAUCAUUAUUUUCAUAAUCAGUAACAACAGUACAGAGAUCUACAUACAUAUAGCAAUGACAACAAACUUAUAGAUGGACUUAAGAGUGGAAAUCUUGGAAUUUUUCUUGUUAUAAAGAUUUACAUACCAAGUUCUUAUUAAAAAAAAGUGCUAUUUAUACAGAAUUUCUUCUUCCAAAUGACCUGAUCAAAUUUGUUUGUUAAUGUUUUAUAAUUUUGAUAUUUAAGAGUUUACCUGGAUAUUUCCAUUGUAAACAUUUUUUUGUACUGAAUCAUCCUUUUUGCUCAUUUAGUCCAACCGCUAUCAUGUGAAGUAUAUGAUUAAUGUAUCCUUUGUUCAGAAUUAUAGUGGAUAGGAUACAAUGGUUGGUAUGUAAAAGCUAAUUCCACCUUAGUUGUAGCUAGCAUUUUUGUCAUUUCAAUGAAAUGAUUGAAUUUGAUGAUGUUUUGUUCUUCAUGCUUAAAAUAAGCUUGGUCAUGCAGAAAACAUCAACCAAUGAUUUUUUUUUUCACAAUUGUUUAUAACAUUUUAAGACUCAACACUACUAGAUCAAACAUAUCUUUUGUGUCUGGAAUACAAAUUUGGUCAUUGCAAUUCUGUUUUACAGUUUUUUCGAUCUGCUUUAAAAGUUAACGGUCAAAUUACAAAAGUUCAGAAAUCCAUUCAAGAACCUUUUUAUGUCUGAACCAAAUGUUAAAAUUGAAAAUUGAGAUGUAAUGCUAUAUAUAAUUUACCUUUCCAAUCCAUAUUUAGCUUUAUUUUUAAUUUUUUUUUUCAUUCCUCAGUGUUAGUUGGAAGUCUACAUACCUAUAACUUUUAUGCUACUACUUUAAAUUUGUUAUUGAGGAAAACCCAUAUCAAAGCUGUUUGCAUUGUCAAUUUGUAUAUUGUAUUGUGAAAACAAUUUUUUUUCAACUUGAAUAUUGCAUGGAAAGAUGAGCAUAUUAUUGAGUAUUUAUGUUGCAUAGUAUUAUUUAUUGAGCAUGAGUGAAUCUAUGAGGGAUAGAUGUCUUAAGGGUAGGAACCUGAAACUACACAUUUUUAAGUCAAGUGAAGAUGAAUGUACCUGUAAUUAAGAAUGAACUCCUAAAAAGAUUCCCUCAGGUGUUAACACCCUUUCCAACUUUCCAACAAAUGCUGGGAUAAAAAUGUUUAGUGGUUUUCUAGCUGCUUGUCAAGUUUUUUCAUAUCGCACACCAAACUUGCCUGGAAACUUUUGGAAAUAAUAAUACACUUAAAUGUAACAAAUCAUCCAGAUUUAUAUCCUUGAUAUGUGUGCUAAUUGUUUUGAUGAACAAGUUUGUGUACAGUUUACAUUAUUAUUCUAUACUUGUAUAUUGUAAAUUUUGUACAUUGUUUUCAUAAUGGAGAUAAAAACAGAAAUGAAAGUAUCUAAUGCUG